AUGCCUCCUUCGCCAAUCAAUAUGGCGUCUUCAGAGCAUCUGAUACUACCCGACGACACUGACGAUUUCCUCGGCGCUCCACACGCAGCACAUGCUGCAUUGCCGUUUAACGCGAAGCUCGACAGCGAGGACGGCGCCGUCGACGACGGCGACAUUCACGCCGCAAUCAACUCGUUUCUCGCCAUUCCUAACAGCUUCUGGGACUCCUCGCUCCCGCCUUUUCUAUCUGCAGAACCGUCGCCAACCAAUGCAAACGCGGAGGCCGCGGGAGACGCGCUCCGAGGAGCGGCGGACGAAAGCGGAGGCAAGCGGCGCGACGAUGCGGCUAUCGCUUGUCAAACGCAUGGUAGCAUGGCCUCCCUUGGCAGCGCGAAAGAUGCGAAUGCGGCGACGAUUAAGCAAUUUUCGGACGACAUAAAGCGCGAGGCCGCGGAACUGCUGCGACGGAACGGCGCCGACUCCGAGUCGCUCAGGCGUCGCGGCGCGCCCGAGCGCCCUUCGACGUGCGGCGGCGGCAACGCGAAGAAGCAGAAGCAGCAGCAGCAGCGGCACAACAAGACACAGCAAAACGCCAAGAUCCUGUCGGCGCUGCUGACGGCACUCGCAUCGCUCGACCAAUCAUACUCCUCCGACGGCUCUGCGGACGAUGAAUCCGCGCCCAACACGCCGUCCCCCAAACGGCGGAAGGCGACGGGCGGAAAGACCCCCCUGGCGGCCACCGCUGACGCGCACGUCGGGAGCUGCAAGCCCGCGGAGGCCCCUGCCGCGGGGACAGAGAGAAAGGCGUCUUCGUCCGAGGCUCCGCGUGUGAGUGCGCAGUCGGCGCGGAGUGGCGGUGCGAGCGGGGCCAGCGUGGCGGCGCAUGGCAAGACGUCCGCGGGGGCGGGACGCGGAGCGAGAAGCAAGGUAGCAUCGCUGCCAGGUCUCACCUGGCAAGGCGGAAAGCGAGUUCCCGUUCAAGGCUCGGCGCAACGCUCGGCGCAAGGCUCGGCGCAAGGCUUGGCGCAAGGCGCGACGUGCGUGGAGGAAGCACAUGACGCGUUGAACCCCAAGGACGAGGUCCCGAACGCCCCAGGGAAUCCACGACGAGUUGGCGUGGGCAGGAGCAUUCUUGACACGUUUCUUGCGGAUCUGCCCGAGAUUGACGGGCAUCUGGACGCUGUUAUGUCCUCUCUGUGCUCAGAAUCUGCUGCAACUGGAUGCACGGGAGGUGGUUCAAAGGACAAUGCUGCUUGCGCGGGUGUGGAUGGGAUGGAGUCUGCUUCAGUGGAGGCACCUCUCACCUCUCAGCCGUCCUCCCACCUCUCUCCGCCCCUGACUCCUGUGCUCAGCCACGCGCCAGGGCUGGCGCAUGCGCACAAGAAGCCUUUGCCUGUUGAUGAGGCGCGCAAUAACGAGGAUGAAUGCGAUGAUGAGGACGACAGGCUGAGCACCAGCAGCAUUGACAGCGAGGAUGCAGCGGCUGCUGCAGCGGCGGCAACGGCACUGGCCAUGCGGACGCGGACCAGAGCAGAGGAGGAGAAUCAUUCGCCUGAAACAAAAUCAGGUGCACCGUAUCUGGACAAUGUGGGUCAGAUGAAGCGCGGGGCAGGGCAGCGACCUCCUCCUCUGACGCUACCUGGUGCUCUUGCACCUGUUUGUGAUGGCUCCCCGUCAUCUCUCGGCAGUCCGUUUAACCAAAUAAGAGCGAGCGCGAGCACACCAGGUAACGGGGAUUCGCCAUGUGGCAUGCCUCUUGGGAUUGGGACACCUUUCCUCUCUCCGAGGUAUGGUGCGGUGGGGGGAAAUGAUGUGGACGACUGGAUGCCGCGCAGCCGCGGGCGCAAGGACCGGCAGGUGGCGGGCGGGCGCAUCAAGGCGCGGAGCAUGGCGGAGAGGCAGAGGCGGGAGAGGAUCAGCGAAGGGCUGCAGAAGCUGCGGAUGGCUGUGCGCGGGCACGGGGACACGGCCACCAUGCUUGAUAAUGCUGUCGCGUACGUGCAGGCGCUGCAGAGGCGAGUGACAACGCUCGAAACGAACAUGUUGCUGCACCAGGCAUCUUGCAAGAUGAAGGAAGAUGGAAUUGACGUUGCCAAUGAUCGAGAGGGAUCGAACCUGGAAUAA